CCGGCGGGAAUGGCGGACGGGGCGCGCUCGCUGCGCGGCGGCGGCGGCGGCGGCGGCGGCGGCGGCGGCGGCGGCGGCGGCGGCAGCAGCCCGGCCUCCAGCCCGGUGCUGGGCGGGCGGGGCCGCGCCGCGGCGGGGGGCAGCAGCCCGCCGGGCCACGCGUUCCGCAGGGUGACCCUGACCAAGCCCACCUUCUGCCACUACUGCACCGACUUCAUCUGGGGGCUGGCCGGCUACCAGUGCGAGGUUUGCAACUUUAUGUCUCAUGAAAAGUGCCUGAAGAAUGUCAAGAUACCAUGCUCAUGUAUUGCUCCCAGCCUUGUAAGGGUUCCAGUUGCACACUGUUUUGGGCCUCCAGGACAUUACAAAAGAAAGUUUUGCACUGUGUGCAGGAAGUCCUUGGAGUCACCUGCCUUUCGAUGUGAAGUUUGUGAGCUACAUGUGCACACAGACUGUAUCCUGUUUGCUUGCAGUGACUGCCGGCAGUGUCACCAGGAUGGGCACCUGGACCAUGAUACUUACCAUCACCACUGGAGGGAGGGAAACCUUUCUUCAAGUGCUCGUUGCGAAUUUUGCAAAAAAACCUGUGGGUCUUCUGAGGUGCUCUCUGGCAUGAGAUGUGAAUGGUGUGGCAUCCUGGCGCAUGCUGCUUGCUACGUGAUUGUCACACCAGAAUGUACCUUUGGAAGAUUAAGGAAUAUGAUUCUUCCUCCAAGCUGUGUUCAGUUGUUUUCUCGCAACUUCAGCAAAUUGCAUUGUUUUCGAAUAUCGGAAAAUUUACAAACAGAAUCAGAUGAAGAUGAUGAUGUUGAUGGGUCAACACAAGGAUCAACAAAAGAUAUUCAAAUUUCAACAGAUUCAAGUAAACAAACACUAAAGAUAUUUGAUGGGAAUGACGCAGUGAAACGCAAUCAAUUUCGACUAAUUUCAGUUCCAAGGAUUGCAAAAAAUGAAGAAGUUGUGGAGGCUGCUUUGAGGGCGUACUACAUAAAUGAUGACCAGCAGGAGUAUGAGCUUCAGACCUUUACGCAGCAGGUGCUGCUCUCUGAUGAUGUUAUCAACAGGAAUGAUGCUGCAGAGGACAGCAACUUGGGCUCAGUAUUCCGAGAAUCUGUUCCUGAGGCUUGGAUCAUCAGAGCCAAACCAAAGGAUGAGGAAGUGAUCAGAAUUUAUCCUGCCUGGCUAAAGGUGGGAAUGGCAUAUGUUUCUCUACGCGUAAAUAAGGAUAGCACAGUGCAGACUGUGAUCAAAGAAGUGCUCCCGUUACUUGGAAGGCAGAUGGAGUGUCUCCAGAAUUUCAAACUGGUGGAAGUGCUUAUGGGCAGUAAGCAAGUUCAACGCAUGGUCCUGGACAAUCAGGAACUGAUUCUUAACAGACUCAAGGACAUAAGAAAGACUUCAAUACGUCAGAUGAAUCAAACAAGGUUUUACAUUGUGGAAAACACUAAAUCCACUGUACAAGUAAAUUUAUUUGUUGGUGGCCUUCCACCUCAGCUUUCCCCUGAAGAAUACACAAAUAUUCUCAAGGAAGAAUUAGCUAUCAAAACAAAUGUAGUAUCUGUGAGUCAUGUUUAUCAAGCACAAGGUGCUGUUGUACUCCAAAUUUCAUGUUUUUCUGAAGCUGAAAGAAUAUAUAUGCUAGUUAAAGAUACUGUUGUCAAUGACAAGCCUCUGAAUGCUGUGGUGAUUCCUGCAGUUAUGGCUUCCAAGAUACCACGGAAUUGUUGCCCACUUCUUGUAUUUGUGAAUCCAAAAAGUGGUGGUCUCAAAGGUCGGGAUCUGCUGUACAGUUUUAGAAAGCUGCUAAAUCCACAUCAAGUCUUUGAACUUACCAAUGGGGGCCCACUGCCUGGGUUUCACACGUUCUCCAAAGUCCCCUCCUUCCGAGUGCUGGUGUGCGGAGGGGACGGCACCGUUGGCUGGGUCCUUGGUGCACUCGAGGAGAUCAGGCACAAGCUGGUGUGCUCAGAGCCCUCAGUUGCCAUCUUACCUUUAGGAACAGGCAAUGACCUGGGGAGGGUCUUGCGCUGGGGAGCUGGCUACAGUGGGGAGGACCCAUACUCCAUUUUGGUUUCUGUGGAUGAGGCGGAUGAUGUUCUUAUGGAUCGCUGGACUAUCCUUUUGGAUGCAGAAGAACCAGCUGAAGGUGCUGAAAAUGGCAUUGCAGAACCUGAGCCUCCCAAGAUUGUACAGAUGAACAAUUACUGUGGUCUUGGCAUUGAUGCAGAAUUGAGCUUGGACUUUCAUCACGCUAGAGAAGAAGAACCAGGGAAAUUUAAUAGCAGGUUCCACAACAAGGGAGUCUACGUGAAAGUCGGGCUUCAGAAGAUAAGUCACACUAGAAACCUUCAUAAGGACAUAAAGCUGCAAGUGGACCAGCAGGAGGUGGAGUUACCAAGUAUAGAAGGACUCAUUUUUAUUAAUAUACCCAGCUGGGGCUCUGGAGCCGACCUCUGGGGGUCUGAGAGUGACAACCGCUUUGAGAAACCACGCAUCGACGACGGCCUGCUGGAAGUGGUGGGUGUGACUGGCGUCGUUCACAUGGGUCAAGUCCAGGGUGGUUUUCGAUCAGGAAUCCGCAUUGCCCAAGGCUCAUAUUUCCGUGUAACACUCCUCAAGCCAAUUCCAGUUCAAGUUGAUGGAGAGCCCUGGAUUCAGGCCCCUGGCCAGAUCAUAAUUUCUGCUGCAGGACCAAAGGUCCAUAUGUUGAAAAAAUCCAAGCAGAAGCAGAAAAAAACUGGAAACCUGAAAGAGACAAAAGUGGAUAGCACAUCAGUCUCUGAAGGAGGACGUUAAGGGGAGACCUGUGUCCACGCCUGUGGGUAGAUACCACCCUCGUCCAGUAAAACCGAGUCCAGACAAGCCGUGAAGAGUGUUGCCUAUGAGCGUGCCUUUCAUUACAUUUUGAUAGUACUGGGUUCUUCUUUGUCUUUCAAAGAUAGUACCUCAUUGUCACAAAUAACUAUUAUGCACCACUUGUCUCAUCUGAAAUGUUUACUUGGGUUUGCUUUUUUGUAAGCUGUUUCCCAGCCAAACAGAGAUUCCAAGAUACUGAGAUUUCUGUCUUUGCCUUCACAAAAUACCCUUCCCUCGUCCCACUUGACUCUUAAGAAAAUCAUUCCAUAGAUAAUUUUUAGUUGUUCUAUCACUGAAAAUGUGUUCUUUAAGUUAAUGCUUACAAUAGCAUCCUAACCAAAAAAAAAAAGGCAAAAACAUGAGCUGCUGAGAACUCCUUAGAUCAGUCCAAAUAGCACAGCUGAAACAGUACAAGUGUAAAGAGAAAACCACAAAACACAGGAGAGAUUAUUUCUGGAAAAGGAUCCCAGUGCACUGGGAAAAGAGAAAGUGCUAGAACAGUUGAGUCAAAAUAUUUCAGAGCGUUUGCUUCAACAGUAUUUGGAUAGCAUGAAUGAAGAGGAAACAGCCUGUAUAGCAAUCUUUCAACAGUAGCUUAGUUUCUUAUUGUUCAGCCAAAGCCUGUUUUAACAGGCAUUUGAAUUUCAUCAGCUGCAAUUCUCAAAAUAAAAAAGGAACAAGAAUACCCAAGGCACUAGUAUGUUAUACCAAUUCUUUUCUAUCACUGAAACCAUUAUCUUUGAUAUCAGACAUUUUUGUCUUGACUUUACUUGUGUUGUUUUAAUUUUCAUUAAUUUGGACUGUUGUAUAGCAGCAAUCUCAAGAAUCAUCAUUAAUUAGGUUAAAAUAAAUAACACUUAGUGUUCAAUUAAGUAAAUUAGCACAGUACUGUGUUAGAGUGAACUGAUGUACAGCAUCGCUUUGCUGAGGAGCCUUAGCAGCUAUUGAAGCCUGUAGUGUGCAUGUAGCAUGCUCUAGGCUUCAAAUAACUGGGAAUACAAGAGGCAUCAUUGUAUUGUACAGAGGCACAUUGUAAAAUUCACUUACCUCGUCAGGCUCCUCAAGUCUUUUGGGGUGUUAUUAGAUGUGGACCCAGAGACACAGUGACUGUCUUUUCUCACUUGGAUGAGUGUGUGCUCUUCAGAGGCUGUUUCUCCAUCAGUUCCUGUGAGGCCAAGACCACCUCUCUGUGUUUACCCUCUGCUGAAGAUGUGGGGAUCCAGCACUUUUACAGCUUCAUGCUGGAGACUGGCACUGGAGCAGCCGUGCUGGUCCUGCCAUGCACUCUCUGUAUCUGCUGUCCAUGGCUGUAGUCAUGUUGUUCUUCACUCACAUCUCUGCUGUCUCAUCUCACCGUAGUUCCCCAGGGACUGAACCUUGGCUAACAUCAUACACAAAGGGCUCUGUGAGCCACUUGUGGGUGGGGGGUGCGGCCUGCAAGGUUUGGCCACUUCUGCUGCUUGGAGCUGCUUAAGUCAUGUUGGCUAGAGCCCACUUAGCCAUCUGGUGGGCUUACUUGUCCUCUGUUGCACAGUAAUAACUAUUUCAGCUGUGGGUGGCAUGAAUUCAUCACUUGAGUAUCAGCCUUAGAAGCAUUCCUCGUGCCAGCGUGUCUAGAAAAACAUCUCUGGCUGCUUCAGGGGACUUAAGUGUAACUUUGAAAUAUGCAAAAACUGUUUUGUGAUGGAGCCGGUGACGUGCUGAGGCAGUUCUUGCUGGGUCUUGUUGAUGAGUCUGUACUCUCGGCACUGUGCCAGCUUCAGCAACAGCUGAUCAUUACAUGUGCUUUCUACUUUUCAGUCAUGGUGCAGCAAGGAUGUGAAUGUCAUCUAUAGCAACAGAAUGAUGCAGCUAAAGCUAUAAAAAGAAACAAAACAACUACGGAUGCCUGAAACUUCUCCUUUCAAUCUAGUGAUUCCUUCUCAGUGUUCUGGUAGAGAUGUAGUUGGAGGAAUUACUUCUGUUUUCAGUGAAACCUCUUCUUAAUUGUUUAAAUUCUUAAUUUAAAUUUGGGGAUGUUCUUCAUGUCCCACAGUGUGGACUACAACUUACUUUUAUUCAACAUGAAAACUGGAUUCAUGCUAUGAAGGAAAUAGUUUGCAUAGUGCAGACCUUGUCUUCCUGAUCAUUAAACACAGGGUUGUCUUCUCUAGAACCUGGGCAUGAGGAGUCAGUCAGCUGGACCUCUUCUGGCAUCCUGAUACCAGCACUACAAGUAGGGAAGAUGAAGUGUUGUAUUUCAGGAUGUGCACUCUCUGAAUGAAGCUCACAAAUUAGAGAGGAAAUCUGGAAUAGGCUGCUGUUUUGUAAUUGUCCAGAAAGACAGAGAAAUUGCUUUCUAUCCUUGGGGCAGCAGAAAGAAUGCAUGAUCAACUUUCCAGCUGCUGACUCAGUAAUGGAAGCUGGGUUUUUUGUUAGAGAAAACAUGUAUAAAUUUUAAGAUUGCUGGUACUGACUGUCUUUUGCAGCCCAAAUAAAUAACCCCAUCUACUGUUUUUCCAAGCAUAUAAUAUCUUGCAGCACAUAACCGACAGUGUUUCAAGUUCUUGGCUUGUUAAGGACCUGGCUGGCUCUCCUUUUGCUCUGUAGCUGGUACCUGAAAUAACAUCAAACUCACAGCUCACAAUAUUUUAAUCAGAGGGCCCCUUGUUUUCACAUAAUCUUCCUGGAGAUUUCCCAUCGCUGGAACUCUGUACAAGCCUGUUCUGGGAUAGCAUCAUGGUAGCAAGGUGACACUGAAAUAUGAGUGUAAUCUCCUCUCAGCUUCCUGAGGGGGUCCUGGUGGAGGUCAAGAAAGCUUUGAGUUUUGUUUUUCCUUCCUUUUUCUUUUUUCCCAGAAACCAACUGCCAUGUAUUUGAGCAGAUGAGUGCCACACUGGAAUGAAAACAUAGCUUAAGAAAAACACACUUAGUAUAUAAGGCCUCUGUGCAUCAAAAGAUGAUGCUCAAAGUGUUUUAAUGACAAAACAGAUUCCAGUUGAGAUGGGAAAGACCCUGUAAAGCUUUUAAAAGGAGAAACUCACUCAUUAAUCCCUCUAUUAAGAUGUUUUAGUUUCAGGUUCUGUAAAAGCCAUUGUAUCAAGAAUAUAUGUAUGUGUGUAUGUAUUUUUUUUCUCACAUUCUCAUUGCAUAUGGUGUCUGAGAAGGCCUCAUAUUUUCUUCCGUGGUAUGCAAGGCCUGCAUGAAGGGGGGGCAUAACUCUUAGCAGUUAAUAUGAAACAUUUAGACUUAGCCUUUCCACUGAACAUAACAAUGCAAUACAAUUUAUGUGACAAUGGGCAGAUAGAUGAUUCUCCCUACUGGCAGUUUGACUAGUAUUGUGUGAGAACCUAGUGGAUCAGGAGCUGUAACUGUGGACAGGGAAGAGAUGCAGGCUCUUUGCUAUCGUGAGCACACUCCUUCAUCCUCUCUCCACUGCCUUCUUACCUUGCCUAUAUACCAUGGCUGGCACAAAUAGCACAACUAGCAUCUCUCCCGCUGAGGUAACACUCUCCUGACUUUUUACUAGUGUCCUACUUAGGCAUUGCCAGCACUGGGGAGAGAAAGGUCCUGAAAACCUGAUUCCUUUCAAAUAACCCAAUGUUGCACAUUAGUGCAGGUAGUUGAUUAAAAUCUAUUUUAAUGAAUAAAUGCAUUACCUCUGCCUUGGAUUAGUAGAACCGAAAUUCAAAAGCUCAUCCCUGAGAUACGGGUGCUACUUCAGAAAAUUUGCUGCGUUUUUCCCCAUGGCUUUUACCCUUGAUUUGUACAGUUUAAAUUGCUGGUGUUUUCGCCGCAUUGAUUUUUAGGUAAAAUGGUUAUUUUGCCAAAACCCUUUUGUUUCUAUACGUGUAUAUAAGUAUGUGUACAUACAUGUGCACACAUCCUUUAAGAAUACGCCUUAUUCUAUUUCCUUCCACAGUGCCUAAAUAUACAGCUUUUGCCCUGUUACAGCAUUCUGAUAACACUCACUUCUGGAUCUUUCUCUCGCUGGUUUUGGACAUGAGGCAGGACUUGCACUUUCCAACAAGACAUAAUGGCAAUAUAGUGAAAGCACAACUGUGUUUAGAGUACAGUCUCUGCAUUUAUGCAGUUUGAGCUCUGCUUGCUGUUUCUAGAUUUUAGUCAAGUAUCUGUGUGUCUAAAACCAAUGGCAAUGGCUAUUGUAGCAUUUCAAAAACUAGGAAGAAGCUGUCACUGCAAGAUUUAACUAAGGAACAAAAUCCAAAUGAACCAUUACAGACAAUUGUUGUACAUCUUCAUGGUUACUCUCUUACAAAUAUUGUAUGAAUUUCAUUUCCUUAAAGAGCACAUAAUGUACUUGAUCUGAGUAUCCUCUGUUUCAAAUUCCUAAGCAUUUAUACAUGCAUAUGAUUCUCUGGGAUUCUGUUGGCAUAUAAACGUCAUUAUCAAAUGAAACCUCUUUUUUGAGGGAGGAGAAGGUAAGAGGAGCUUUUGUGACACUUAAAAGGGCUUAUGAUGAAGACACAACAGAUUUGGUUGCAUAUGUAUUUAAUAAUGUACUGACUGUAGGUAUGCUCUGUCUUGCAUAGUCUCCAGUCCAUAUUCCAGCAACAGUAUUGGAGGCUCAUUGGAGUUGUGCACCGGCAGUAGAUACUCUUCCAGUCUGCAACCCGAAAGUCUUCCUUACCACCUUCAGGGUGACUGUACAUCUUCCUCUUUCCGCCAGGCUGCCCUCCUGCCCUUUGGGCCUAGCUCUGUACCAAAACUGGUAAUGAAGGUAUGAGCAUGUGCUGGUGAAUGUGUGUGGAGAGUCAGGGAAUGGAGUUCCUGCUCUGAAUGCUGCUCUGUGACUUUGGCAUAGACUAUUCUUUAAUUUCUACUUUAGCCAUCUAACAGCUGUGCAGCAAAGAUUUGGCAACUAUUGAAUUGCCUUGGAUUCACCAGUGACAACGUUGCCUCAUUUUCAGGCUUCGAUCUUAUAUGUGUCAGAAUAUGUAUAACUUCAUUAUACUUUUUGCACUUAACAGAAAAUACAGGUUAGAUAGAUGUAGGGUGUGGCAAAAUUGCAAUGUUUGUACUUUUUUUUUUGUAAAUAUGGGGAUGAUUCUACAGAUAUAAAGAUGCACUUUCAGAUAACAAUGAGAACAAGUUUGUAAAAUACAAUUGUCUAGGAGCUUCUGUGGCUGCAGUAUUCCUGAUCCCCAUCCAUGUCUAACACUGUGUUCUCCUUGGAAGCCUGCUUGGGGAUAGAGAUUGCUUCUCACAUUGCAGAAUGUAUUUAUAGCUGACUGACUGAAAGUUCAUGUAUAUUUUUGAGCAAAUUUGCUGCUAUUCUAAGUUUUAGGUUUUACUAGACUGCUUCUAUAAUACAUAAAAGAAUGUACAAGUUUUAUUUAUAAUGUCAACACUUACUGAUUUGACACUUAGUUGCAGGAGACAUGCAGCCCAAAGCCUUCAUUCCUUUUGCUAUUUAAUGGUUUUGUUUUGUAGGGGUUUUUUUAGCAGUGUAGGCAUUGUAUGUGUGGAGUGCAGUGAAAUGAAUGCAAAUUACUAACCUUAACCUGUAGUUGGAGCAGCAGUUUCAAUGUUUACAGGACAAUGACUAUUGAUUGUAAACCCACACCUGUCUACUGAAACAGUGCACUCUUCAUGUGUUUUGGAAGCAUUGUUUCUGCUUACCAUGGUUAUUAAUGGAACAGUUCCUUUCUGGUUUUAGAGUCCUGGUUAUGUUGCUUUGGAGAGAUUUCAGUGUGGGUUUAUGGCUUCUCUCCCAUGGAUUCACAGGACAGAAUUUGUACUGAUACAAGUGUGUUACAUUGAACAUAUGGUUUUCUGAAAGAGUGACUUUAUUUUUUGUGAAGAUGAUUUAUGAGAAGGUUUUGUAGCACAUCAGUGCUGAAAAAGUUAAGUCUUGAAAUAAACAUUAGUAGAUAUUAAAAGAUCUAUCCCAAAGCAAAUUAUUUUUUAAUAGGGCAGUGUUACUGGUAUAAUUAUCCCUCUGAGCUCUCCUGGCAGCAUACCCAUUUAGCAUGUCACUCUGCACUGGUCAGGUGUGUUAUUUAGGGAACAACCUGAAUUCAUAAGAUAUGGCUUCAUUUAUAUUGUGCAUAUCUAUUCCUAUUAUACCUUCGGCAGCAACUCCCAAUAUAAACAUCAGCCAUACAAGGCAGAGCUUCUUCCCCAUACAGAUCACUGCAGGUUGAAGAACAGAGAGUCUGCUCUUGUGCUUGACUGCAGAAAAUUUGUAAGCCUGGUGACAGUCUGGUACUUGCAGUCCUUUCUCUCACCACCACAGAGUGUGCCACACAAGCUCUUUUGCUUUCCGAAGGCAGGUAGGCACAAAUCAAGAGUGCCCAAGUCAAACUCUUGACACCUUGUCUCACCAUGGCAUUUAUUACUUACUGCUGCUUAUCUUGCCAAACUGGGUAGCAAGAGGUGCUUGAAGUAUUACUGAGUAUUUAUUGUGUCAUUUUGGGUGCUUAUAAAGCCUUCAUUGCUAUUUUAAAGCAAAACUUGGGGAUCUGUAGCAUAGCAAUAGCUGUAUAACUCUAGCAUUCCAAACAUGCCCAAAGCAAGUUAUCCUUGUGAUAGUUUAGUUAGCAAUGGUGUAGCUAGCAGCAAUCAGUAUCUUGAAGCUACAAGUUCUGAGUAUUGGAAGACAACAUCUCUGCUUUGAAUGUAAAGCAUUAGAGUUUGUAAUUCACUAUAGAUUUCAGUGUCUCUCCUACUUACAAAUGACUCGUGACAUCUUAAUUGUUCCCAAACUAUAAUUUCACUAUUGCUUAAAAUAACUGUUUUUCACCUCUGGUUAUUUAAAUCAUCCAAUUUACACAGUGUAUGAAUGCUGUUUUAUUAUCAGGAUACUCUUAAGGUGUCUCAUAGCAUUUCUUGUGAAUGUUCUAAUACAUCGGUAAUAAAGAAUCCUGAACCAAUAAACUAAUAUAAGCUGACAAGUUAUUGUCUAGUGCUUAUUCUUUGUGCAUCUGCCUAAUGCUCAGAAAAAAAAAGGCCUAAGUAUAAGCAUUAAAGUGGUUUCCACACUCUGUGCCUCAAAUCAGUAAUGUAUUAUCACACAUUUAGCUGUGGAUUGGUCUCAAAAACUAGCUUUUAAUGAUGUAACUUGUUUCUCACAGUCUGCCUUGCAAAUGGGACGUCACUAUACUGCGGUAACUUGUCUACAAUCAACAUACCUAGUGUACUAAUAGAUUUUUAAAAAUGUAAUUUAUAAAAGAUGGACUUUUCUCUUAUAUUUAAACGUCUGUUCAUCCUUGGGUUCUGUUCUUAGAACAAUUCUGUGUAUAUUUUGCAAUAUGUGUUUUGUGUUUGACUGUACAUUUUGCACCAAUAUGAAAUAUUGUAUUCUGAGUAUUAUUUACAAGUUCCAGAGAUCUGUAACUAGAAUAUGCUGUGAAAAAUACAACAUCUCUUCUACCCUGGAUGCUUGUGGAGUAGUUAUGCUUUAAAUUAAAAUAGCAGAAUACACUCCUGCUUUAAACAUGCUUUAUCUCAGCUGGGCAUUGCUUGUAUUGGAAUUCCGUAACCUUGCUGUUUGAGAUUGGGUCAUGCCCUGUGAAAGGGUGGCUGUGUUCUAACAGUGUGAUUUAGUAUGUUUUCAUUUGUGAGACAAAAUCUGUGUUUGAUCCCUGCAACAUUCGUGCACCUCUAGAACCUUUAUUUCUGGAUAGCACUGUAAUUAGUAAGGUUGUGAUAGGACCACAGUGUUAAGCAUUUCUGGUGUUUUGAGUUACUUUAAUGCUGAUCCAGAUUUUCCAAGGUAUUUUUGUACAAUUCCUUGCCCUCUUUGUACUUCUCUAGAAACACAUGACCUGGUGUUUUCAGGCUCUGGGUAACAUAGCCUUGUGCUUGGCUCAGGUGAGCAGUGCUGGACCUGACCUGCACAACUCAAGGGCCAGGCUUCAUGGACCUUGGCUUGGAGGGACUCAGCUGGGACAAGUGGAAGGGCUGUCCAGUGAGCCAGGCCCAGGUGGAAACUGCCCCACUGUGAGUGAACACGCCCCUCCUUGGAGAUUAAGGUCUGCCCUUCAUGGCUGGGAGGUGGUCAAUCAGCUGGACACCUCCACUGGGGAUGUUCCUGCUGCAGUAACCUUGCCUCUGGCAAUAAGAUUUUUCUCCCUACUCUGUUCAACAAUUGACUGCAGAACUGAGGAGGCCUUGGUUAUGUCACAACACUUCUGGACAAACCCUACUGUUCAUUGCUGGACUGCAAAUCAACAAGCUUUGAAGCAGCUACAAUUACACUUAAAAACCAUACAUGGAAAACCUCAGUUUGGCGCUACAGUUCUGGGAAAAGAGGGGAAGCAAACAAAACACUGACCUUCAUACAGAGGAGAAAAAAAAAAAAAAAGAAAAAAAAAAAAAAAAAAAAAAAAAGGAAAAAAACAAA